AUAUUUCGGAUGAUAAUGCAACUGGGGGGAUCCUGUGAUGUAGAGGUGAGCGGAGGGACAGCAAAGCGACGCUGUGACGAUUCCUUCAUGAAGCACUACGGUGCGCUCAGCAAAGACGAGUUGAUUGCUGCGCUUAUGGUCCCUUCAAAACUGCUGUUCACAAGACUGGCACAAACUGUAUCUUGUGUUGGGUGCCGCAGAAGCGUGGAGAGACUCUUCAACCAGCUGAAGGAAUCCGGUCACCCUGCACUGGAGCCUCUUGCGGUGAACUCCAAUGGUGUCUUGACAGUUUUGAGGAAGUAUGCCUUACAGGCUCGGUCCUUAGGAGCUUUAUUUAAUGAUCAUGGGUUGGCACUAAGUGCAGUACUUGACAGUAUUCCAAAGCUGAAGAAAUCUGGUCGUUGUAUAUUCCACUCAAUGGAGGGCGUGAGAUGUAGGCCUGGGGGCUGCUCGUGGCGGGAUGCUUGGGAGGUGAUGGACUCUACGUGUCGAGAUGCUGUCACUCUUGUCAGCGCAGAUCAUCUUCUCACCACACUUGACAAUUACCUUCGCAAGCACCGGUUUUGCCAGGAGUGUAAGAACAAAGUACACAGAGCUUUUGAUAUCUUAGUUGGCCAUAUAAGUAUAGAUCCUGCAAAGGAAAAAGGAUACGUGGCAUCCCUCUACUCAGGGAUCCGACGAUGUGAGGCCAAGAGACAUAUUCACGUUCCAGCUGACACUGACUACGUGACGCACCUCAUCAUUCGGGCUGAACCAGAGCUGCAGGGGAGAAUAACACAGCCAAGGCUCAAACAGUAA